CCGCGCGGCCCCAGCCUCGUGCUCCGUAGCCGGAGGGGCGCCGCGCCGAGCCCGCCUUCCCCAUGCUAGAGACGCUCAGGCCCGCGCCCGGCGCGUCGGACAUGGCGAUCAGCAAGACCGUGGCGUGGCUCAACGAGCAGCUGGAGCGGGGCAGCGAGCGGCUGCUGCUCAUGGACUGCCGCGCGCAGGAGCUCUACGAGUCGUCCCACAUCGAGUCGGCCAUCAGCGUGGCCCUGCCGGGCAUCAUGCUGCGGCGCCUGCAGAAGGGCAACCUGCCGCUCCGCUCGCUCUUCUCCAGCAGCGAGGAGGACCGCGAGCGCUUCGCGCGGCGCUGCGGCACCGACACCGUCGUGCUCUACGACGAGAGCAGCAGCGACUGGAACGAGAACACGAGCGGCGAGACCGUGCUGGGGCUGCUGCUCAAGCGCCUCAAGGACGAGGGCUGCAAAGCCUACUACCUGGAAGGCGGCUUCAGUAAGUUCCAGGCCGAGUUUGCCCUGCACUGCGAGACCAACCUCGACAGCUCCUGCAGCAGCAGCUCCCCACCGCUGCCCGUGCUGGGCCUGGGGGGGCUCCGCAUCAGCUCUGACUCCUCCUCUGACAUCGAGUCCGACCUCGACAGGGACCCCAACAGCGCCACCGACUCGGACGGCAGCCCCCUGGCCAACAACCAGCCAUCCUUCCCGGUGGAGAUCUUACCCUACCUCUACCUGGGCUGCGCCAAGGAUUCCACCAACCUGGACGUUUUGGAGGAGUUUGGCAUCAAGUACAUCUUGAACGUGACCCCCAACCUGCCCAAUCUCUUCGAGAACGCCGGGGAGUUUAAGUAUAAGCAGAUCCCCAUCUCCGAUCACUGGAGCCAGAACUUGUCCCAGUUCUUCCCCGAGGCCAUCUCUUUCAUAGACGAAGCUCGGGGCAAGAACUGCGGGGUCCUGGUGCACUGCUUGGCAGGGAUCAGCCGCUCGGUCACCGUGACAGUGGCGUACCUCAUGCAGAAGCUCAACUUGUCCAUGAAUGAUGCCUACGACAUCGUCAAGAUGAAGAAAUCCAACAUCUCACCCAACUUCAACUUCAUGGGCCAGCUGCUGGACUUUGAGCGGACUCUGGGCCUCAGCAGCCCCUGUGACAAUCGUGCGUCCAACCAGCAGCUGUACUUCACCACCCCUUCCAACCAGAACGUCUUCCAAGUGGACUCCCUGCAGUCCACGUGAGCCCCCGGGCCUGUGCCCCUCGAUUGGCUGGCUCGUGCCAUCAAUCCUCAGUGGUUUCUCUUUGACAGCGGCAAAGAAAUGCAGCUUUCUCUUUUGUGGUCCCCAGUGUGGGCAAGUAGCUGCCAAUGCCUGCUAGGCAAGGUUACGCAGCGCUGGGAUGGGCGAUCGCCAAGGGCGGCAACUUGCCAGAGUUCUCCAAGAAGGAACGCGCCCUGUUGCUGGAAGGGAGGCAGCAAACCGCUCAGUGCCCGCGGCCCCACCUAUGCAGUGACUUGGAACUGAGGACUUCCAGCGCUUCGGGGGAGCCCAGGCAGCGUGAUGAGCACAUGUUCUCUAGUGACUGAAAACGUCCUACUUCCUUUUUUGCUUUCGGAUCUGGAUCUGUAACAUACAUCAUUGUCUUCAGUGAAGACUGUUUCUUUUUUCUGAAUUUAGAGGAGCCAAAGAGAGAGGUUUCAGCUCGAUGUAUUUGGAGUACUUGUUUGCCAGGACUCUGUAGUAUUUUACUUGAUCAAUGUAAAUAUUUAAUCUUAAAUCGAUUGGCAAAGUUUUUAUUUUUUUUUUUUUUAAUUUUCACAUACAUAAAAGAAAUUGGCCUAAGGGACAUCUGCAGUUUUGUUCUCUUUAUGCAUUUUUGUGGGUUUUUCUUUUCUUUUCUAUUGCAGAGAAUACAUUUGCAGCAUGCUUAAUUUGAUUGUUCAAUUGAAGUAAACUUUCUUUGACAGAAAAUGGC